AAUGAUAUUACUUAUUCUUUAUGUCAUUUUACGUAGUAACAUGGAUGCCGGAGAACGAAGAAGAAAACGGUCAGUUAGUGGACAUGCUAACUCGACAAGUUACAGAUACAAGUGGAAGGUUUCUCAUAGGAGAAGAAUCGCUUCUUUAUCAAGGGAGUCGUCGGAUGUUGGGCAAUGUGAGAAAAACAAAAACGAUUAUCAUAGAUUUCGUUCAUUCGUUCAAAAAGAUAAACUUAGUGCAAGAAUGAAAGAGUAUGGAUAUAUUCAUGGUCUGAAUAUGUAUAUCGCUGAAUCCAUCGAGAUCUGGAAAAGGACGAAAGUUAAGGUUGCUGUUGCUGGAAAUGCUGGUGUCGGAAAGUCGAGCUUAAUUAAUGCUUUGAGAGGAAUGCAAGAUAAUGACGACGAUGCCGCAGAGGUUGGUGUUGUCGAAACAACUGCAACCACCCGCAAAUAUCCUUACCCUGAGAAUAAACUAGUAGCUUUAUAUGAUGUACCUGGAGUGGGAACAUCGCAAUAUCCAACGGAAACUUACUUGAAUGAAGUUGGCAUUUCUACGUUUGACGUAGUUGUAAUUGUUUCUGCUGACCGCUUUAAGGAAACUGAUUUAUGGCUCGCUAAACAAUGUUUACAUUUGAGCAAAAAUAUUGUGUUUGUGCGUACAAAAAUUGAUAUUGACAUAAUGAAUGAAAAAAGAGUGUUAGGAAAACAUUUUAAUGCAGACGAAUGUUUGGAUAAGAUUAGGGUGAACAUUACAGACAACACUAAUAGCUGCCCUGAAAGCAGAAGAAUAUUUCUAGUAAGCUCUGUGGACCGAAGCAUGUAUGACUUUUGGGACUUGGAUAAAUAUCUGAAAAGCCUUCUGAAUAUAAGAGGAGAGGCAAUAUCAAAUAUUCUUCUGUCAUAUGUUAAGGAAUCCAUAUCCAAAAAAAGUAGUAUAGGCGGUAGUCAUUUCCUACUACAAAAGACGCUGUCCGGUAUUUGUGGAUUUCUUCCAAUACCAUAUCUUGAGACGUUAAUUGAUACGCUUUCAGUUUCGGAAGCGCGCAAAACGUGUCUCAGAAACUUUUGUCUUGAUGAUACAUCGCUGCAUUGCAUAUCACAAGAAUUACAAACCGAUGUUGAAGAUCUUAAAGUGAUUUUAAAUUCCUAUAAACAAACUGUUUUACCAGACGGCGCGACUAUACAUUCUCGAGUAGAAAGAAAAGAAUUUUCUCCAAUUCAUCACCGAUAUUCAAAAUAUGUGUUUCCGGUAAUAGGCAGUUUUAUUUCUACUUACAAAUCGUACAGUACAAUGGAUGCAUGUCUUGACGAGAUAAUUGACGUGAUGCUCGCAGAUGUGUGUAUGCUUAUCGAAAUGAGACUGACAAAGCUGGAAACCGAAAUGAAACCAUUCUAG